UACGAUGGCCAAAGUACUAUAACGGAGGGGCUUCGAACUGCCCUGGCCCGACUGCGACAAAAAUCCACCCCCGGUAGCCAGUCGUCCCCCCUCCACCAACCCGCUAACUCCCAGCCUGAUAGUGCCAACCCGUCCGAAAACUGCUCCCCUAGCAGUAGCCCCAGUCCUCGCCCUAGAAUGACCAUAAACUCGCAGUCGGGCCCAAGAUCUACCCGACCUUCCGAGGACUUGAUCACAACGGCUACUUCAGCGCUUAGAAGGCUACAUUUCAAGACUGGCCGGGGAAUUACCAAAACGAAUGCCAAAACGCAGGCCCAAACGCCGGUUCCGAAGGUGGUCCUGAUGGGCUCCAGCACGGCUUCAGAGACAACCAUUAAUACCAGCACUGACAGUUCCAACACCAUGAUUACAACCAUGACCGCAACCGACGGCGAAACAACCGAUUGUCAUGACAGCCUUGAGAUAAAUGAUUCUUUCGACAUAUUAAAUUUAGAUAACAACCAGCUGGAAGGUGGUAACGCUGAGAGAGGCGCGCAUUGUAUCAUUCCCGUGACAAUGUCCCCGAAAACACCUACAACCGUCAAACAUGAGCGUCAAUUUACGUUCGACGUCAUGAACGUCACGGCGACGACGCCGCAAACUGCAUGCUGCAAGAAGAACGACACCUUCGUGUUUGAUACGCUGCUCCAAAAUGACGAAAUUUGUAUGCAAGAAGAAAAGAGUGUUGAAAAGCUUAUGGAAGAACAUAAACAUGAGGUAAAACAACCUAGCGAAUAUAAACCAGUUAAAAAUGAUGCGGAAAUGUUUCGUCCAUUGGAGGACGUCAAUUCUCGAACUAUCAGCAAUUCGAAGGACAUGCUCCGGGGGUCCAGUUCCGAGGAGAGUAAAAGCUCAACGACGACAAAAGCAGAGUCGGACGGCGGUCGAAGUUCUUCGAGCAGUCGGACUCAAAGUACAAUUCGCGUAAAACCGCGUAGAUCAAUGUCUGUAGACAAAACGGGGCACGAUUACAGGCUCGAAGUAAAGUCCACCGUUUCUUUGGACCGAGGAGGAAAUCAGACGGGUACACCUCGAACGAAACACCGGCACAAAAAGCGACAUCAUUCUUCCUCCGCAAAGAACAAAGUUGACAGAUUCACUUACGAUGAAAAGCACAUUAGCAAAUACAGGGAACAAGCCAGAAUGACACCCCCUCUUCCAGAUCUUCGAAUAGAUUUUUUUAACGAAUCAGCCGAAACUACAGGCUCCAACCUUCGAGAUUCCCUUUUGAUCCCUAUAUCCCACGAGAAACGCGGAAGUGUAUGCCUGAACAAGUGCAUACGAGAUGUCGGAGCUCAGUUGGAAUCUUCGUCCACCAUAAAUGUUACCACAAAUCCCUUGGAAAAUUCUGUACGUUUUGGUACCACUACGGGAGCGAAUUCCCGAGGAACCAGGCAGCCCCAGGCUACCAUCGUAGUUCAGCAGCCUUCCGUUAGUCUCGACCAUUCGGGAGUGUCUACCAUCCUUCUUAAAAAUGGAAGCGAUUUCGUUUCGAACGUGGAAACUACCAGCAAAGUUAAAGAAGAAAAUGUCAAACAACUUUUGGAUGUUAGUAACAACUUAACCAUGGAGGAAAUACAUGACUUUGAAAUGAGGUAUGGGAGUCCCCAUCACAGCCGUUCUCAAUCAGUUAAAACUCCAGGAAGAUCAUCCGGUCGUCCAAAUUACCUGUGUCUUCCACAACAAAGGUCGAGGGUAGCGUCAAUGCCAAACACAGGGGUGGAAGAAGAAUACUACCGUCUCAGACACUUUUCAAUUACUGGGAAAGGAAUUGUCAAUAGAGGAGACAGUUUGAAAAGCAGGAGAUCUCGUUCAAACAAUUCCGUAGCUUCAAGUAACUCAAGUACUGAACAACUACCAACGGCUGUUUCGGCGACGGGUUCGUGUCGCACUUCGGCUUCUUGUAGUUUGGCUUCCUCCAGAGAAUCUUCGACAAGUGCACCAGGUCCCACCCCAUACAAAGUGUUGAUGCUUGGAGGACCAGCUGUCGGGAAAUCUUCCCUUGUCUCCCAGUUCAUGACAUCGGAAUAUCUUCAUGCAUAUGACACAAGCAUAGAUGACGAAAGUGGGGAAAAAUCUGUAUCUGUUUUGUUGGCUGGUGAAGAAUCUGAAUUAAUAUUUAUCGAUUUUGCGACAGCUGAUUUAUCGCCCGAAAGUUGCAUCAAUAAAUACCAAGAUCCCCAUGCAUACUGCGUGGUAUAUUCCAGCGCGGACAGGUCAAGUCUCGUGUGUGCCGAACGAAUACUUCAGACACUUUGGAUGAUGGACAAUAUUAGUACGAAGGCUGUUAUUUUAGUCGCAAACAAGGCUGACCUUGUCCGGUCAAGGGUUGUAUCAACAGAAGAAGGAAAGUCAGUGGCAACAAAUUUCGAAUGCAAAUACAUAGAAACUUCGGUAGGAAUUAACCACAACGUUGACGAAUUAUUGGUAGGAAUUUUGACCCAGAUUCGUCUAAAAUUGGAAAAUCCUGAAAGGACAAGGGACAUAUUCCGGAAAAGGAGUUCGUCGCGCAAAAACUUCAGUAGAAAUAAGUCGCCCGUUUCGGGAAGCAGCACACCUACCGGUAGCGCACAAAACUCUCCCAAAAAGUACAGGGGCUCCAGGACGUCCGCCAGUCUUAAAGUCCGAAGCUUACUAGGGAGGGUGUGGGCGAGGGAUAGCAAAUCGAAAUCCUGCGAAAAUCUACACGUCCUGUAAACAAAUUAACAAAAGACAGGAUUCAAAACACGCUUCAGAAGAAGGCGAUUUGACACAGGCAAAUUUAAAGGUAAUUUAUUUUGGCUAUAUUUUCAUCUUUACGUAUUCAUUGGUGAGUUAUAAUUAGGAUACUACUUUAACAAAAAAAAAAAAGAAAAAGAAAACAAUCGUCUAUAAAAAUCAGAAGAAGAACAACCUGCAUACAUACCUAUUAUAUAAAAAUGAAAAGAAACACUGCCUUCGUUAAA